AUGACAAGUUCCAAUGCUGUUCAUUUGUUAUACAUUCUCUUUGUCAUGUUUAUUUCAUCAAUAAUUGGGAUCUCUUUUGAAUCAGUUGAUGAACAAAGAAAGGUGCACAUAGUUUAUAUGGGAAGUCUUCCGGAAGGGGAGUACUUAGCUCGACACCACCAUGUUAGCUUGUUGCAAACAUUAGGCCAUAACAAGAUUAUGAUCGAGAAGACACUAAUGAGAAGUUAUACAAGAAGUUUUAAUGGUUUUGUUGCAAAUCUUAGCUCACACGAAGUAUCCAGGCUUAAAACCAUGAAAGGUGUUGUCUCUAUUUUCAUGAGUCGUGAAUCCCAAACUCAGACCACAAGUUCUUGGGAUUACAUUGGCUUGUCUUUGCAAGUUUCUCGUAAUCCAGUCGUUGAGGGUGAUAUCAUAAUUGGACACCUUGAUAGCGGUGUGCUACCCGAGUCACAUAGUUUCUUUGACCAUGGUUUAGGCCCUAUUCCAAAAAAAUGGAAAGGGGCAUGUCAUGGUGGAAAAAACUUCACUUGCAAUAAAAAGUUGAUUGGAGCAAGAUUCUACAACUCUGAAGAUGUCUCGGCAGAAGAUUUAGAUGGUCAUGGGACUCACACAGCCUCUACCGCGGUUGGAAGGGAAGUGGAAAACGCCAAUUUUUUUGGAAUAGCAAAUGGAACUGCUAGAGGAGGUGUCUCAUCAUCAAGGCUAGCUACAUACAAAGUGUGUAGAUUUACAACAUGUUUUGACCAUGAUAUAUUGGCCGGAUUUGAUGAUGCCAUUGCCGAUAAUGUUGACAUUAUUACUAUCUCAAUUUCUUCCAAGUUUACUCAAAACAUUAGUGAUGAUGUUGUUUCCAUUGGCUCGUUUCAUGCAAUGGAGAAAAACAUUUUAACAGUAAAUGCAGCAGGAAACAAUGGAAUUUCAGGACUUGGAUCAACAGACAGUAUUGCACCAUGGGUAUUCACAGUGGGAGCUAGUGCAGACAGAUCAAUCAACAACAAACUUGUCCUUGAAAAUGAUCGCACACUCAUGAGCACAUCGGUGAAUGCUUUCGAGAUGAGUAACUACAAGAAAUUAGUAUAUGGUAGAAGUUUGAGUUCUCUUUGUGAUGAAUCAAAUGCAGAGCAAUGCACACUUCAAUGCGUAGAUCCUCAUUUGGUAAAAGGAAACAUCAUGGUUUGCGAUAUUGCUGAUUCUUCAAGCUUAGAUGUCUUCUCAACCGCAGAAAGUGUUGGUGCAAGUGGUGUUAUUCUUCGAAUGGGUGAAACAAUGAUAUAUGGUUCUAGAAUCGUUCCUCUACCCACCGCGAUACUGAAUGACAAUGACUUUAAUUAUGUUAAAUCUUACCUCAAAUCCAAAACAAUUCAUUCAGCACGCAUAAUGAAAAGUGAGAUUCUUCCAAAUCAAGCUCCUGCAGUAGCUUAUUAUUCCAGCAAAGGACCCAACACAAUUUUACCACAAAUUUUUAAGCCUGAUAUAAGUGCACCUGGAACAAAUAUUUUAGCGGCAUUUCUUCCAUCACAUAAUCCUUCAUUCUACUUCUCAAAUUCUAAAACAUUUAAGACUAAUUACACAUUCAUGACUGGAACUUCUAUGUCGUGUCCACAUGUUGCUGGUGCAGUUGCUUAUGUGAAAUCAAAACAUCUUGAUUGGUCUGCCUCGGCAAUAAAAUCUUCUCUUAUGACUACUGCUCGGGACAUGAACUUCAACUACAAUUUAGAUGCUGAACUUGGUUAUGGGGCAGGAUACAUAGAUCCAGUGAAAGCAGUAAAUCCUGGACUUGUGUAUGAGACAUACAUAGAAGACUAUUUCAAAAUGUUUUGUGGCUUAGGUUCCGAAGGAGAUAAGUUGACAACUAUGUUCAAAGGAAAAACAAAGUGUACAAAUGGGACCGGAAUGUCUCCAAAAGAUCUCAAUUAUCCAGCAAUGACAUCAUUGGUGCUUCAGAACUCAAACUUCACUAUUAAAUUUUCAAGAACUGUAACAAAUGUUGGACAACCAAACUCCACAUAUCAGGCGUUGCUUGUUGGUAGAGAUUCUUCCGAAACCGGAUUGUGUUGUCAAUCAUUUCUCGAGUUUGGAGAUGUACAUUUUCCGGCGUUGCUUGUUGGUAGAGAUUCUUCAUUAUCGUUGGAUCUUCUCUAA